UUUACCUAACCUGCCUGUCUCUGAGAUUAGCUCGGCACAAGGCGUUUUGCUGCGUCACUCAGUCACUCACUGAUCUCUACACCUGGAUGGUAUACGUAGACAGUGUGAUACAAUACUUCAUCUUCUCCUGGCAUUGUGGAUACCAAGGGUCAAGCUAUGUCCACUCCGGUUUCUCAGGGGGUUCUACGGCCUGUUCUGAUUGGCUGUUUUUUCAUGGCAUGCUUCGUGGGAAUAUUCUUAAUUUACUACAAACCCCAGAUCAAGUUCCUUUCAUGCCCUACUGACCAGGCAUCCCACGAGGGGAAGGCUGGUUGUUCUCCUUGCCCUCAAGUAAGUAUGGCAGGGAACAACACAGGGCAAAAAACACACCAUGCCCAGACAGCCAUUCAGGCCGAUGAUGACGGAGACACAGACACUAUCAUUUUGAUCUGGAUGUGGCCAUUUGGUCAGGCCUUUGACAUAGACUCUUGUGUCUACUUUAACAUCAAAGGCUGUCACCUAACAGUGGAUAAAAACCUUUACAGCAAGGCGCACGGUGUCAUAUUCCACCAUAGAGACAUCCAUGGAGACCUGAAGAACAUGCCCCGAGAGCAACGUCCAUGGUUCCAGAAAUGGGUGUGGUGGAAUGCAGAAUCACCGGCUAACACAAACAGGAUCCCUGGUGUUGACCACUUGUUCAAUUUGACUGCCAGUUAUCGACUGGAUUCUGAUAUCAAGGUUCCAUAUGGGUCGCUUGUCGAGGUAACCAGUGAGGAUAACAUCUUUGAGCUGCCCAAGAAGGACAAAUUAGUCUGCUGGGUAGUGAGCAACUGGAACCCAAACUACAAGAGGGUACAGGUGUUCAACGAGCUCAGUAGGCAUGUCAAAGUAGAGGCCUAUGGGAGACAUUUUAGUAGAUACCUAGAAAACGAAGUCUACUCAAAGACGCUGUCCAGCUGUAAAUUCUACCUGGCAUUUGAAAACUCCAUCUACAAAGACUAUGCUACAGAGAAGCUGUUCAACGCUAUGAAGUUGGGAGCAGUGCCCGUUGUUCUAGGUCCAUCCAGGGACAACUACGAGCAAUUUAUCCCAAGGGACUCUUUCAUCCAUGUGGAUGAUUUCUCCUCUACAGAGGAGCUGGCAAAGAAGCUUCUCUUUCUCGACCAGAACGAGGAAGAAUACAUGCGGUACUUCACCUGGCGAAAGAACUUUAAAGUCCAGGGAUGGUGGUUUGGACUUGAACACGCCUGUCGCUCAUGUGAUUACAUUAGAAGAAAUAAAGGAUACAAAACUUUUCAUAAUCUAAAUAAAUGGUUUUGGGGCUAAGUGACACAUUUGUAGUGAGACAUUUCCAUUUAAAAGGACCCAUAAGCACCAAUCUGUGAAGCGUGAACGGGUCAGGGUUCCAUAGCUGCAGGCAAACAGCAGAAGCUGGAUCAGCAGCACAACCAGGUGUUUCCCAACCCUGGUUCUCAAGUACCCCCAGCAGUACACAUUUUCAUUGGAGCACUGGACAAACACACCUCAUUCAACUCAUUGAGGGCUUGAUGAUUAGUUGACAAUUUGAAUCAGGUGUGCUUGUCCAGGGUUACAAUAAAAAUGUGUACUGUUGGGGGUACUCGGGGACCAGGGUCGGGAAAAACUGACUUAAAACACAAAACCAAAUCUAUAUCCAUUGGAGUUGCUUAGCAAUGGAUAUAGAUUACCAAGAAAACAGUGAAUGUUCCUGAGUGACCGAGCUACAUUUUUUACUUAAAUCUACUUGAAAAUCUAUGGCAAGCCCUGGAAAUGGUUGUCUAGCAAUAAUCAACAACCAAUUUGACAGAGCUUGAAGAAUAUUUAAAAUAAUAAAUGGCAAAUGUUGCACAAUCCAGGUGUGGAAAGCUCUUAAGCCUUGUUCACAAUGCAGGCCUUAAUGCUCGAAUCUGUAAUGGAAUACUGACUGUCCAAACAGCAAGUUACAAGUGACCAAAUCAGAUCUAUGCGUGUUCAGACAGCAGUCAUUUGCUGAUAAGGCUAUGCUAGUUGUCAUAGUAAUGACAGGUGUGUGUGUGAGAGCAGUAGUGUAGGCUGAUUGGUAGUAGUGCUUCCUUUCACUCAGAAUUUGCAUAGCAAGCUAAAGUGACAACAAUGCCUGCCAUGGAUGUUUCCCAGCUGCUUUAAAUGUUUAAAAUCAGAGUGGAAGAACACUUUUAAAGCCUCAAAGGAUAAGAUGAUGCAACUUGUCAAACUGUCAACUGAGUAGCUAGCAAGCAACAAGAUACGCCAAAUAACAGUCUAAAAAGCACUUGAGGGCAUAUAAAUCACAAGUCACAUGGCCAGGAAUCCGAUUUGUAUCUUUUAUUAAAAAAUAUAUAUAUUUCACCUUUAUUUAACCAGGUAAGCUAGUUGAGAACAAGUUCUCAUUUACAACUGCGACCUGGCCAAGAUAAAGCAAAGCAGUGCGACACAAACAACAACACAGAGUUACACAUGGAAUAAACAAGCUUACAGUCAAUAAUACAAUAGAAAAAAAGAAACUCUAUAUACAGUGUGUGCAAAUGGCGAGGAGGCAAGGCAAUAAAUAGGCCAUAGUAGCGAAGUAAUUACAAUUUAGCAGAUUAACACUGGAGUGAUAAAUGAGCAGAUGAUGAUGUGCAAGUAGAGGUACUGGUGUGCAAAAGAGCAGAAAGUAAAUAAAAACAAUAUGGGGAUGAGAUAGGUAUAUUGGCUGGGCUAUUUACAGAUGGACUAUGUACAGCUGCAGCGAUCGGUUAGCUGCUCAGAUAUCUGACUUCAAACCACCUACGAAGGCUGUUCAGACUGCGGGAAAAAUAACAGAUUCAAAUCGGAUAUGCAAAUAAAUAUGAUUUGGGACACUUCAUACCACCAAUGUGAACAUUGCUUUAGAGACCUACCCAGAAAGUCACACAGCUGUAUAUCGCUGCCAAAUUCAAAUUCAAAUUCAAUUCAAAAAUAAUAUAUUUGUCAUUAUAGGGUAUUUUUUGUAGAUUGAUGGAAAAAAUAUAUUUAAUCAAUUUUGAACUUCAGCUGUAACACUAUUUUUGUUUAAAAUAAAUAAAUAAAUAAAUAAAUAAAUAAAUAUAUAUAUAUAUAUAUAUAUAUAUACGUCAAGGGGUAUGAAUACUUUCUGAAGACACUGGACCCUUUCCAAAUUUACCCCUGGACAGGGCAAACCACACCCACUUUUCCAAAACACAACCCCCACACCAACAUAGGGAUAACUAACUUACUACCCUGAGACAAGGCCAAGUAUAGCCCACAAAGAGUACAGGAAGGAUGGGAGAGCUCAAGCAAGUCAGUGACUCAGUCCCCGCAAUAGGGUCAGAGGAAGAGAAUCCCAGUGGAGAGAGGGGAGCCGGCCAGGCAGAGACAGCAAAGGUGGUUCAUCACUCCAGUGCCUUGAUUUUCAACCUUCGCACCUCCAAACCUGACUGUUGAAUGUUCUGUUUUUGCACACUGUUUGCAUAGUUGUUUUGUUGUUUGGACAGAAUAUACUGUGAUUACAAAUGUGAAAUAUAAUGUAAAUGUCUAUCACACUAAUGUCUUGUCAUGACAGAAAAGGUAACAAGUUAUAGUUACUCACAUUUAAAUCAUUAUUUGCCCAGAUAUCUGCUGAUUCCAGUAAUGCUGUUAUUGUUUCAGGGUAAUAAACUGACAAUACACUGAA